CACGGCGGAGGGCGCAGGGAUGUGAAAUUCUGCGGUCGACAGCACCAGGAGACAGGCUGGCGCAGCCUGGGACAGCAAUGGACUCGUCGCGCCAGCGUGAAUCCCAGCUGGGUCCGGAAAACGGGACCAUCUGGACCUUCUCCCCGUCCGGGCUGUCCCCCGUAUCUGAACUGUCCGCCGGUCUGGGAGAUCUGGACUGUCAGGACAGCACCACCCCUCGCCGAAGACUGUGGCAGUCCCCCGAGCAGCUGGGCUGCAGCCCGGCCCCACAGAGCGAGGUUUCCGCGGAGACGCAGACGCCGACAGAAGAGACAUGGGGCGCAGGGAGCCGAGAGAGCACUGCCACUAUAGUUGACUGUACUGGAUCAUGGGAAUAUCAUGGAAAACUACAAUGGGCUUCUCCAAAGUCCUCUCUUUCUAGUGUGAGGAGGAGCUCCGGAAGAAGCAGAGUCAAGAAGAAAGAAAAUGACUCCGUUGAAAAUAAAGAAAACGCUCGGAAGCGACUGCGAGUCAAGCUGUCCAGCCUGUUUGCCAGCCCAGCAGAGGCAGGAGGGAGACGGGACCCGAGUUCACAAGCCGAGGAGAGCAGCGGUCAGGGGGACCAGCAGCCGCCAGCGCACAGAACCGUGUUUCCUCUCUGGGGUCUUCAGUCAGGGUGCUGGGCGCCUGCCUUGGACAUCCCACACUCUGCUAUUCAAGACAGAAACCUGAUUGGAGACUUCAGCAAACCUCAUCUCUUCGCGAGGGAGAAAGGAGAGCACCAGGACCUUCAGUACGUUUCUGGGCAGACAGUGGCGUCUCUGCUCCUAGGAGAGUACAGCACUGCAGUGAGGAGCUUCCUCAUUGUUGACUGCCGCUACCCUUACGAGUACCAGGGCGGACACAUAAAGGGAGCUGUAAACCUGCAUAGUGAAGCUCAGGUGGAGGCCGCCCUGCUCCAUGAGGAGGUGCUCUCCAGGCUGUCGCCCACAGUCCCGUCUCCCGAUCGUCCAUCGGCGACAGGCCACCAUCCGGACUGCGGCACCCGCCCGGAGGGUGUCUCCCCGGGGGCCGCCUUACAGAGCUCCUGCGUGGGAACUUGGGCUCCAACCGGCUCCUCUCCCCGCAGACUGCUGAUCUUUCACUGCGAGUUCUCCUCAGAGCGUGGGCCCUGGCUUUGUCGUUACCUUCGAAAGAUGGACAGGAGGCUCAAUGCUUAUCCCCGGCUUUUCUACCCGGAGCUGUACGUUCUGGCGGGAGGCUACAAGGAGUUCUACUCCCAUUUCGAGAGCCUCUGUGAGCCCUGCAGCUAUGUGCCAAUGCUCCAGGAAGAAUUCAGCGAUCAGAUGCACAGAUACCGGCGCAAGAGGCGGACACGGCCAACACAGUUUGGGACGAAGCAACUUCUGCAAUAAAUUCUAUAAAACCGA